UUCCGCCCUAUGUCGAUCUAUUUCUGAUAAUUAAGCUACAAGGCAUACAACGAAAUUGCGAACAGGUUGAAUGUUCUAGAAAAGUAGUAUUUAAUACCUUAAAGAAUAUCAAAAAUUUUAAAACUGUUGCCAAUGUAAAACAAGGCCCAGCAGAAAAAAAACCGCAUAAUAGCAUCCCUCUUCCGUUAUUAAAAUAACACGUAUAUUCAGCAUUAAGUCCCCUAGAAUAACGAAAAGUUUUGGUAGUUAUAUAAGUUAAGGUUAAGAUAUCAACAAAGAACCUUUUCUUCGUGGAGAAAGCAAAAACAGUAACUCAACUACGAGCCUAUGAAGUUAGGUCACUCGAAACAAAGUGGGAUACUAAAAAAUCAUUGAGUAAAAAUCAAUAAAGCGAGUAGCAUCAAUGAUACGAUAAAAAAGCAUUUUUACUAAUUAGCGCGCAACCAUGUGGGGAUUCUUGGACUGUUAUUUAAGGACGCAAAAGAAGACUACUUAUCAUGUUGUUUUACAUGAGUGAAGAAGAAAAAUAAACUUCUAAAAUAAAACCGCAUUCCCAGGUGUAAAUAGGAUAGGACACAUGUGCAAAUUCAGCACCGAAAAAUAACUACAACACCUGUAUAUUAAUACAAAGGGCAUAAAAGCGUUAUUGUAAUAAAUUGGCUACUACAAUAUGAAAAUCACCUUUGUCGAUGCCAUAUAUCCUGUAGUCUCAUACGAUGCCUCUAUAUAGAAUAACAGCACAUUAAAAGAACUUAUUUCCAAUAAUGCAGGGGUAAAUACAUACUUACUACCUUUAAGGUAACAACUUAUUAUUAACUCAACAAGUAAAUGAAAUAAAUACAAUAUUAGGUGAUGCUGGAUUAUCUCUAGAAACAUUAUUUAAUCACUUUAUAUCUAGCUGCAGAAAGUGGAACUCCAGAGAGCAGAUACAAUAAAGUUCAUUGCAAGGCCAGAAACGUUAUUGAAAGAACUUUUGGAGUUUUAAAGUCCAAAUUCUGAUAUUUAUUUUCCGAAAAAUGCCUGCAUUAUACACUCUAAAAAGAAACGUCUAUAAUAAAUUAUUGUUGUUCUAUUUACAAUAUCGGUCGUCGUUACGAUUCGAGUUUUGCAGAAAAUGACAUUGACGACGAUAGUGGAGAGAUUGUAAUAAAUGCAGGAUGGGAACCCACGACAACUAAUCGACUAGCUCAAGAAAUUAGAAAUGAUAUAAUGAGUUACUUUACCUUACAAUGUUUUAAUUUUGUUAAAUACGAAAUAAAGACCUCAAUUUCAAUUUAAUAAAAAUCAUAAUAAUCUUAUUUACAGUAGUUUUCCGAAAUAACGAAUAUUCGUUUUAACGAAAACCGCUUAUAACGAACAAGCAAAUAUGUUACAUUGAGUACCUUAAAUAACGAAUAUGUGGGAGUCAGAAUAAGUCCAUUUUGGAAGAAUUUACUGGAUUUGAAUUGUUUUGUUAUCGUUUUUCAUUUUUUAACAAAUAAUUAAUAAAACAAUUUAUUAAACUGCAAUUUACGGAUAUUUAAUUCAUAUUUAUUGAAAAACAUACCUUUACGUGAGUACUCGAAUUAACGAAAAAUUCUAUGUAACGAACAGGCUUGACAAUUAAUGUGUUCGUUAUUUCGGAAAAGUACUAUAUUUUGUCCUUUUAUGAAAUAGAAAAUAAAAACAUCACAUUAAUUUCAAAAAUGUAUUAAUAUUUAACACAUAAUGCCCGGUUUCAAAGGCCAUAUUUAUGUUGUGCUUAAGAUAAAAUAGGGAAAUAGUGUUUUACAAUUCAUUCUUAAGUUAUGCUUAUAUACUGAAAAUUGGAGACUUAAGCAGUAUUUAAGUAACAGCUGAUUUUUGUUUUGAAUUUUCAGUUAUUUGUGAAAAGAAAAAUAAGAAUUAUUUUAUGGGAAAUAAAAUAUGGAAUCGGAUUGGGAUUGCGAUUUGGACAGUGACCCAGAAUACGAAGAUCUGUGGAAUAUUAUAAUAAUGCGACGAACAAAAGAAAUCAUAUCCCAGACAAAAUUCUUCAAGCUAUAUAACGAUAAAGAUUUCCGCGACUGAUUUCGAAUUAGCAAAGAAACAGCCGAUUGUAUACGACUACAAAUUGAGCAUAAAACCAAGUAGUAAAUCUAAUUCAGUGGUCGGUACGAGAGGAAUUGUGACUGUGUAGUAGCGGAGACGUUGUGACCACCAGAUUGGAGGGUGAUGCCAAAGAACUCUGGCUAAUCUCGGCCUAUAUGCCGCACGACGACGAGGUGGAACCACCUCCCGCUAUACUGAGAAAGGCUCUCUGGGAGGCCAGGCGAAGGAAAGUCAACGCCAUCAUUGGCUCGGACGCCAACGCAAGACAUACUGUCUGGGGAAGCUCGGACAUAAACGUUAGAGGUGAGUUGCUCUUUAAUUUUAUAAGUAGCGUUGAUUUAUUUAUAUGCAAUAGGGGGAACUCCCCUACGUUCGUGACUGCGGGUAGGGAGGAAGUCCUCGACCUUACCCUAGUAUCUAGGGACGCCGUACCUUUGAUCUCGGAAUGGAAGGUUCUCAAUGAUCACUCCUUUUCGGACCAUAGGUAUAUUAGUUUCAAUCUGGACAGAGCCUGUCCAGUACGCAAACCUUUUAGGAACCUUAGGAAUACAAAUUGGGUUCUAUAUUGUAGGAAGCUUCGUUCAGCUCUUCCGGCAGCGCCCCCACGAGACUCAGUUCUCUCGGCCAAUGCGAUUGAUGAGUGUGUCGAAGUUUUCAGCUCUGGGUGCAGGAUGGCCCUUGAAAGUUCCUGUCCUCUGAGAUCUCAGAAAGGCAAAGGGAAACCUCUUUGGUGGACGCCGGAACUUUCGGAGCUCAGAUCUUCUAGUCGAAGGUUCUUCAAUAAAGCUCGUAGAAGUGGUCUAGGUGACGAUUGGGCUUUGUAUAAGGUGGGACUUGCCAUUUUUAAGUCUGAAAUGAAGAAGGCCAAACGGUCUUCUUGGAGAGCCUACUGCGAAAGCGUGGAAGGCUGCCAGGAGUCCUCGAGAUUUGGGCGUAUUCUGUCCAAGAGCCCAAUAUCCGUGGGUUACUUGAGAGAUGGUGCUGGAGAGUGGACCUCGAGCAGUGAGGAGUCACUACUUUACUUAAAGCUUCUUUUGGAUGCUCAUUUCCCAAAAAACCAAUCUGUGGAAAGAGCUUCCCUCGGAGAGCUUCAAGGGGGCGAAAGCGCCUUCGUAAACCUUCUGGAUGAUCGCCACCUAACCUGGUCGUUGAAUUCUUUCAAACCUUUCAAGUCCCCCGGACUAGACGGCAUUAUACCUGCGCAGCUACAGCGAGCGAUAGGGGUACCCCGCAAGGUAGCGUUCUCUCCCCUUUGCUCUGGAUCCUGGUGGUGAACGACCUACUGGAGGAACUUGAAAAUCAAGGCUGUCGAGUGACGGCCUAUGCUGACGAUGUAGCCCUUUUGGUCAAAGAAAAAUUCCUAAACACCGUAUAUGAAAUGACCCAAACGGAACUCGUCUUAUUCACAAGAAGAUACAAAAUUCCAAAUGUUACUCUCCCGUCAUUGCGAGGCUCCAGUCUGCAACCUGCGGAUAAGGUGAAAUACCUGAGGCUUAUUCUUGAUAGGAAGCUCUCAUGGAAGCCAAACAUCGAGGAGAGGGUAAGAAAGACUUCGGUAGCUCUUUACUGCUGUAGAGGGGCUAUUGGAAAAAGGUGGGGUCUCUCACCGAAAGUGGUUUUAUGGUUGUAUGUGACCAUUAUUAAACCUAUAAUGUUCUAUGGCGUUGUGGUCUGGUGGAGGGCAUUCGAGAAAGUCACACUAGCUAAGCAGCUGGAGCGUGUCCAAAGAGCGGCUCUCAUUGGUAUCAGCGGAGCGCUAAGAACAACACCAACAAUGGCUCUAAAUGCCAUUUUACACGUCGCAUCUGUUGAUAUCGCCGGUAGGUGCACUGCGGCAAAGGUCGCUGUCAGACUCAGAGACGCUGGGUACAUGAGCGGUACCAAGCAGGGGCAUUCUGAGAUUCUCCGUCGGUUCGAUUGCAUCCCUGACAACUUGGACCACUGCACUGCGGAACCGUCCCCUAGAGGCUUCUUCUCUACACAUGUACCUACGAGGGAUAUGUGGGUGGGUAGAAGUCAAUGGAGGAAAAGUGCAGUCAGCUUUUUCACGGAUGGAUCGAAGCUUAAGGGAAAGGUGCGAGAGGGAGUUUUCUGCAGAAAGCUUUCUAUCAAUACCAGCUUUAGGCUACCUGACCACUGUAGUGUCUUCCAAGCAGAGGUCGCUGCAAUCAAAGUAGCAGUGGACGCACUGCUUCGUAUGGUGACCUCUUUUAGAGAGGUAUGUAUUCACUCCGACAGCAGGGCGGCAAUACUGGCAUUGGAAUCGAUGACGGUACGCUCUGUGCUAGUUAAGGAGUGUCUUAGAUCCUUAUCAAUAGCCUCCAGCUAUUUUGCAAUCCGACUAGUGUGGGUACCCGGUCACCGCGGGAUCGCUGGUAACUGCAUAGCGGACAAGCUUGCAAGGGAGGGUACCCUAGCUACAUUGACGUCGGAAUGGGAGUGCAUUGGUAGUCCAUGGUCCACCUGCGCAAGAGCGCUGGACAUGCAGACUACGCAUGAGCUCGUCAAGCGCUGGUCAACUACCAGUACUUGUGCAGUGGCGAGGUCCUUUUGGCCCUCUGUGGAGCGUAAGCGGUCCUUUCAACUGCUUUCUCUGGGCAAGGUUCAUCUCAGCGCAAUCAUAGGGUACUUACUGGACAUUGUCCAAUGGGUACCCAUGCGGUUAGACUUGGGAUCGUGGCAGAUGCUAGUUGCCAAAGCUGUAUGGAGGAAGGCGAGAUGGAAUCAUCUAAGCAUUUCCUACUGCACUGUCCAGCUUUUGCCAGACUGAGGUUGAAACACCU